AUGUAAGUUUAGUUUUUAAACUUAGAAUCCUCCACUAACUCAAUUUCUGAAACACAACCUCACUCCGAAACGAAGCAAGUGAAAUACAUUUUGAUUGAAAAGGAGGAGGACGUGGGCUAAUUCUCUGAAUUUGUAUCUAAUCUAAUGAAAAAUUUGAAUGCUAGAAAUGACAAGGCAAAGGACAAUAAUUCAACCGUAAACGAGACAGAAAUUUAUCCUUAAAAUUUAAUUCUUGGAGUCGACUGCGAAGGGCUAUCCAGAACUCAGCCACUCUCUCUUAUAUAGAUUGGAAACAGCGAGCAAUGCUAUUUGUUUGACAUCUUGAAAUUAAAUGGCUUACCCAAGAGCUUAAAGCAAGUACUUGAAGAUCCCCAGAUCAUAAAAGUUUUCCAUGAUUUUUGUGAAGACACUAGUGCUCUUGUCCAGCAAUACGCUGUCCACUGCGAUAAAGUAUUUGAUACUCAGAUCGCUCACAGAUUGCUGAAUCGAUACUCAGAUGAACCUAGAGACUAGAACAUCAGUUUAAAUCAACUUUUGAUUGAAUACAUCGAUGCCAAAAACGAUCAGAAAGAUGCAGUUUGUGCGCUCAUGAAAACUGACUCUGCCUUCUGGUGGAAAAGACCACUGACUCAAUCAAUGUGCUAAUAUGCUGCUUAAGAUGUAGUUUUUCUUCCAAGAGUGUACCAAGCCAUGAUGAAAAAUUUCAUAAAAGAGAAUUAAAAUAAAAGUGCUUCAAGCAGAAAUUAAUAAAGCGCCAAUUAUACCUCUAAAUCAAAGCAUAGAAUGACACAAAAACUUUGGUCUUUUGAUGCAACUCAUCAGAACUACGAAAACUUGUCAAUGUCUACAAACUACGACUCAGAUAAGUCAAUUGAGAACCCGGAAAAGCAAAGAGAGCAAGAAUGGGAAAUUUUUUGCAAUGAAAUCUAUGAGAAAACUCAAUUGUGCGAAAGAUACGCCUACAUAAACACAAAUAUACCACAAAGAUUCGUCUUGAAAAAAGGAGAUCAAAUAAAAGCAUUUGUUAAAAACUUUUAAUAGUUUGGAAUCUAUUGCAGUUUGAAUUUGGGGUACUCUGGUUACAUUCAAGAUGAUGAAUCCAUCCGAUACAUUAAGAAUAAAUAUCAAAUUGGAGAUAUCAUUGAACUUCAAAUCGCGGAAGAGUUUAGCUCAGAAAAGGAUGGGAAAUUCGACAAAGCACUCAUCAUGCUUCAAAUUCCAUAGGAUCCUCAAUAAAAGCAGAGAGAGCUUCAAAGAGCUCUGUUUAGCUGUCUUGCAGCGGUUGCAAACUAAACAGAGGAUUUAGAUAAUUUGUUAUAAAUAGCAUAGGCUCCAUACAGAUUAACUUCAUAUUCAGAUUAUUCUUACCAAUAAAAUCAAAAUGACUCAAUGAACAAAGGCUUUUUCUUUGGAAUGAGCAACUAAGAUCGAACUUAAUAAAGUGGAGGCAGUUACCCCCAACACUCCAAAUAAUAUGAAUCCAAUUAUUAACCAUAAGCCCAUUUCACCAUUGAUGAGCCCAACUUUUAUAGAAAUUUUCACUAUAAAUAGAAAAAUUCUGUCAAUAAGAAGGAGUAUAGUUAAAAAACUAGCUACUGCACAAAUAACAGCUCAUUUGCUGUAGGAGGAAACGAUAGGAGUAGAAAGUAGUCCUAUACAUUCGAGAGUUAAAAUGAUUUGAAAUCAUCUAAUUGUAAGUUCAGAGAAUUUGUUAAUAAAAAGUAUUGA